GUAAGAAGUACGGACGAAAGUGUAGUGAUCUGUAAUACUCGGUACACUCCACACUUCGUACGUUUGAUAAAGUCUAUAAUAUACAGUCAUUUACUACUAUGUUUUCGUUUUUAAACCUUUUUAAUAACUCAAAACCUGCUGCUGACAAGAAAAUAACAUUGGAUCCUCUAAGUGGAAAAACAUUAAAUCUCAACAGUUCAGAAGCGAGGGCUCUUAACAUUUUUAACCACAAGCCGCCUGUUUCCCGUAGGCUAAAUGGAAGCAAUACCUCUUUCAAAAACAGCAAUAAUAAUAGUAGUCAUCACUCUUUUAGAGAUGUCUAUGAUAAAAAACGUAAACUGAUGGAAUCGUUGGACAAUUUUGGUAUAAGGAAAAGAACUCGCCAAGAGUGUGGAGUUGAUACAUUUGUAAAUCAACAGCAAAAAACUAUAGCAGAAGCCACUGAUUGGGUACCUUCAUUUAACCGAAUUGAUAAAGGGAAUAACAGCGUAGUGCCUCAAACAGUAAUUAAUGCAAAAACUGUUUAUGGUAAUAAAGAAAAAAAACUAAUUAAAAGACACGGGGAUACGUUUAAUGAUGAUCAUUUACAAAAGCGGCCUAGGACUCGAAACAAUGAAAUUUUAAGUUCUUACAGCUCUAGCAAGUUUCUACUUACACCCGGACAGAAAAGAACUUAUCCUACUGACUCUGGAGAUGAUUAUUCUUCCAGUCGAAAACACUGCAAAAGCUGUACUUGUUGUGGAUCUACAACAUUGUUGCACAAUGACAAAAGCCCGUUAAAUAAAAGUGAUAAAACUACUGAAACUGAUAUAUCAGAUGAUUUAGUGACAGUUGCAGCUAGCCGAAUUUUCAAUAGAAGUGGAAAAACACAGGUUGUUAAAAGAAUAAGUAUGAAAACAAUACUCAAUGAGGCAUUUGAUGAUGUCGAUCCUGAACCAUUUACUAGUUUAGAAAAAAUACAACAAAAGAAAAGUAAAACCCAAGAAAAAGCUAUAUCCACCAAUGAUUCACAGGAUUCUUCUUUAAUAAAAAACACUAAUUUAAAUGUAUCUAUGGACUCAGUUACUACACCUGUAUUGACAACUUCUGUUUCUGAUUCAAACCAAUCAAAAUUAACUAUUUCUUCUACAACAUCGUCAUCUAUCGUCACAUCAACAACUCAAUCUGUUGCUCUAUCUGAGAAUCUGAAGGAAAACAGCGAAAUUGAUGGGAAACAAAAUGAAAGUCAAUCAUCAAAAAACAUUGUUGAAACGCCAAAAACUGAUUUUAAUAUUAUUAAACAACCUGCAAAAUCAAUUUCCCUAACUCCUAAAGUUAACGAGAGUUCGAAAAAAGAAAUUAUCAACACUGAAAAAGCUCCAUUUCAGUUUUCUGUACAAACUUCAAAGUCUAUUGAGCCUAUUUCUAGUUCUACAGAUGUCAGUGCACCUAUAGCUGUCAGUGAACCUAUUGAGAACAAAACAAAUAAAAAUCAGAACCUACCAAUAAUACAGUUUGGCAGUCAGUCGCCAUCAGAAAAAUUUAAAGAAAAUUCAGUAUUGAAUUUUGCGAGUUCUCCUAAACAACCAACUUUUACUUUCGGAACAGCAAAAACCGAUAAUAAACAGUCUACACCGGCAUUUCAGUUUGGUGCUGCAAUGCAGUUUGGAUCAUCUAAUGUUGAAAAGUCUACAGUUCCAGUUGUACAGUUUGGAAUUCCAAAAACUGACGAAAAACAACCAAAAUCAGUUGCUCCUAAUGCACCAGAAAACACAAGUGCAGUUAAACCUGUAUUUUCAUUUGAUAAAAAUGCUACUGAGAAUACAACAAAACCUGAACCUAAUACAUUCCAAUUUGGUUGUCCAACUAAACCUGUUGAUAGCUUUCCUACUACCUCGGCUGGCAAUGAAUCUAAAAUUGUGUUUGGGUCCAAUAUUACAACAUUGGCUGCAAGUCCAUUUAGCUUUGGAAAACCCAAUGAACCAAAAACAACAACUACAAGUGUUGCGCCCAAAUUUAAUCUUGCACAAUCUACAACUGAAGGUUCUGCUCCAAAAUUACAGUUUGGUGCAAUGUCUUCAUCGGUAUUUGGCAACUCGUCAACGAAUCAAACUAAAACUCAAUUAAGCAACACUGUAAAUAACCCUGGCCUAACUGUUAAGAACCAAGACAAUAAAUUAGUUUUUGGAAGCCUGAGUACAGAAGUAAAACCAGCAACGUCUACUCCAGAAAUGGCUUUUAACAUACCCGUGUUUAAUAAUAGCAGUAAUAAUGUAACAAGCCCUGUAUUUCAAUUUAGCAGUACAGGUACUAAACGUGAUGAAAAACCACUAGAAUCGUCAAUUAACACUUUUCAGUUUCCUGCAGCAAAAUCUACCCCUUCAUUUGGUUUGUUGUCAUCCCCACCAAGUUUUGUGGACAAAAAAGCAUUCGAAUUUAAUGCUCAAAAAACAGAUGAUCAAAAAACUCAGUUUUCAACUCCAGCGUUUGGGUCGCAAAAUGCAGCUUCUGCUCCAUUUAAAUUUGGGGGAAGUGAUAAGUCCACAGCGUUCGAAAAUACAUUUACUUCACCAAAUCAAUCUCUGCAGUUCCAUAACAAAACAGAAACAAAAGCUGAACCGUUUAAAUUUGGUGCACCAGCUCCAGCCAACAAUGCAUUUCAGUUUGGCGGAGCCAAUAAAGCUAAUAGUGAACCACCAAAAUUUGGUCAAAAUACAAAUGCAUUUAAUACUUCAGGGUUUGGUGGCUUUGGCCCUUCAGUGUCGUCACAGCCAACACCUGCAUUUGGCACAACCAUUUCACAACCACAACCGUCUUCGUUUGGUAAUGUCGUCGCUCCUGUAUCCACAUCGUCAUUUGGAAAUGUAGCUCCACCUUCGUCUGACGCGUUUGGGUCCAGUGGAGGUUUCCAGUUUGGCAGUACAAAUAACUCGGUACCUAGUAAUCCAUCUACAACAUUUGGAUUUGGUGGGCCACCACAGCCUGCAAAGUCAGAAGGCGCUUUUGGUUUCAAUGCAGGCUCGACAGGAGCUUCACCAUUUCAGUUUGGACAGGCACCAUCAGUGUCUUCCCUUCCUCAAUUUACUGGAGGACAACCACAAGGUGCAUUUGGUUUUGGAUCCGCUCCCCAACAAGCAGCAGGUAUUCAGGGAUCAGGUCAAGCAUUAUUCAGUAUGGGCGCAGCUCCAGCUGGAGACAGGAGGAAAGCUAAAGCUGUUAGGAGGCGAAAUAAUUAGCUUAAAAUAUCUAAUAUUUCAUAAAACAAAAAAGUAAAAACAUUCACUGUAAUUUUAGACUAUUGUAUAUAACCAUAGAAAUAACACUUAAGACAUAAAUUUUAAAAUCAAUUUAUCGGACUGUCUAUUACAAAAAAAAUAUGAGUGUGACCUAAAAUGUUUAACUAUACUAUAAUUGCAAUUAUUGUUGAUCACAUAAUUUGUGUUUAAUUGAAAAAUUGUAUUUUAAUAUAUUUUAUAUGUAAGAAUGGUUUGUAUUAUUUUCUAGCUAAUUUAAAUAAUUAUUAUCAACGAAAUAAGGGUUUUUUAUUUUUAACUUCAAUUAUUCAAUUUUUAAAUAAAUUAGUACACAUUUUUUUUCCUAGGUUAUUUAUAAUAUUAGUUAAUUAAUUAUUCGUAUCAAAUCAGUAUGACUUAUGUAAUAACUCAAAGUGAAAGUCUCAUAACUUUUGUUUUCGAAUCAAAAUGGAUCGCAAUUUUGGUUUAUAAACGUUAUCACGUAUUGUAAUAUUUAGGCUUCGGUUAUUAAAACAGUAGAUUUACUCAGGACUAAUCAUUUUAAAUUUAAUAUGAUAAUGUUACCAAAUUUUUAAGUGUAUUUAUAUUCAUAUUGAAUAAAGAACUACAGUACUCUCGUGUAGUUUUAAAACA